AGGGAACGGGAGCGCAGGAACAGUGAUAAAUCAGAAGAUGGAUACCAUUCCGAUGGCGACUAUGGAGAGCACGACUACAGGAACGACAUUAACGAUGAGAAAGAAAGCAAAACCAUCAUGUUACGUGGUCUCCCUAUCACGGUUACAGAGAACGAUAUUCGGGAGCUUAUUGAGUCCUUUGAAGGUCCUCAGCCUGCAGACGUGAGGCUGAUGAAAAGAAAGACAGGUGUAAGCCGUGGUUUCGCCUUCGUGGAGUUUUAUCACUUUCAAGAUGCUACCAGCUGGAUGGAAGCCAAUCAGAAAAAGCUGGUGAUUCAAGGGAAGCAGAUUGCGAUGCACUACAGCAACCCCAGGCCUAAAUUUGAGGACUGGCUUUGCAACAAGUGCUGCCUUUACAAUUUCAGAAGGAGGCUAAAAUGCUUCCGCUGUGGAGCGGACAAAUUCGAUUCAGAACAGGAGGUGCCACCUGGAGCAGCAGAAGCCGUUCAGUCUGUGGAUUAUUACUGUGAUACCAUCAUUCUCCGGAACAUUGCUCCUCACACAGUAGUGGAAUCCAUCAUGACUGCCUUGUCUCCAUAUGCAUCUCUGGCAGUCAAUAAUAUUCGUCUUAUCAAAGACAAGCAGACUCAGCAAAAUAGAGGCUUUGCAUUUGUGCAGCUGUCCUCUGCCAUGGAUGCUUCUCAACUGCUGCAGAUCUUACAAAGUCUUCAGCCACCGUUAAAAAUUGAUGGCAAAACAAUUGGUGUUGACUUCGCAAAGAGUGCCAGAAAAGACUUGCUUCUCCCAGAUGGCAACAGAGUCAGCGCCUUCUCUGUGGCAAGUACAGCCAUUGCUGCAGCUCAGUGGUCGUCCACUCAGCCACAGACUGGAGAAGGCAGCACCCUUGACUACAGCUACCUCCAGUCAGGACAGGAUGGAUACACACAGUAUGCUCAGUACUCCCAGGAUUAUCAGCAGUACUACCAAAAUCAAGGAGGAGUGUUGGACACAGACGCGGCUACCAUAUCAGGAGCUCCGGUCACUACCACCACAGCUGCAGUUGUGUCCCAGAGUCCUCAGUUAUAUAAUCAACAGACAAACUCACCUGACUCUCCGACACAAUCAGCACCACCUACUACUAGCAGUCAGGCACAAACGGCUCCCCCAACUGGCGUAGUCCCUGGAACCAAGUAUGCUGUCCCUGACACUUCCACCUACCAAUAUGAUGAAUCUUCAGGAUAUUACUAUGAUCCUGUAACAGGGCUCUACUAUGAUCCCAAUUCCCAGUAUUACUACAAUGCCUUAACCCAGCAGUAUCUUUACUGGGAUGGUGAAAAGGAGACCUACAUGCCUGCUGCAGAAGGUAUCACGUACCAACAAACAGCUACCACAACCACCACCAAAGAAGUGAAGGAGAAGAAAGAGAAGCCAAAGAGUAAAACAGCUCAACAGAUUGCUAAAGACAUGGAGCGCUGGGCAAAGAGUUUGAACAAGCAGAAAGAGAACUUCAAGAAUAGCUUCCAGCCACUGAGCACCAGGGAGGAGGAGCGGAAAGAGUCGGCGGCUGCAGAUGCAGGCUUUGCCCUCUUCGAGAAAAAGGGAGCUCUGUCUGAGAGACAGCAGAUCUUGCCAGAGGUGAUGAAAAAUGGGGACGAUGAAAAUCCACUGAAGCGUGGCCUCGUGGCUGCCUACAGCGGUGAUAGCGAUAAUGAUGAGGACUUACUGGAAAGAAUGGAGAAUGAGGAAGAGAAGCUGACUGACUGGAAGAAGAUGGCUUGCCUGCUGUGUAGAAGGCAGUUCCCAAACAAAGAUGCUCUGAUUCGGCACCAGCAGCUCUCCGACUUGCACAAGCAAAACAUGGAUAUCUAUAGGAGAUCAAAGCUUUCCGAGCAGGAACUUGAAGCCUUGGAGCUGCGUGAGAGAGAGAUGAAAUACAGAGACAGAGCAGCUGAGAGGCGGGAGAAGUACGGCAUCCCAGAGCCCCCUGAGCCGAAGCGCAAGAAGGUCUAUGACGCUGGCACGGUUAAUUACGAGCAGCCCACCAAAGACGGCCUUGACAACAGCAAUAUAGGCAACAAGAUGCUGCAGGCCAUGGGCUGGAGGGAAGGUUCAGGCUUGGGAAGAAAAUGUCAGGGCAUCACAGCACCUAUUGAAGCCCAAGUACGAAUGAGAGGAGCUGGCUUGGGAGCUAAGGGCAGCUCCUACGGUGUUUCCACUGCGGAUUCGUACAAAGACGCGGUGCGGAAAGCCAUGUUUGCUCGCUUCACGGAGAUGGAGUAAUGCGCUCUGGCCCACAAAGUACUUGUUAGCCAGAACUGACUGUUAAACUCUGUAGCCUUGGUGGCCUGGCCGUAUUCUGGUUAUGGUUUAGAGUUGACCAUUUAAUUCCCUUGGACUUGUUUCCCUCUCAGCAUGUAACACUUCCAUGAGCAGGUUCUUCGAACUGCCCCACCUUUCAUGCUGGAGAGGUCCUGGUUAGACCGAAGGGGAUGCUGAUCUUUAUAUGGUCCUGUAUAUAGUGUAAUGUAUUUUGUGUUUGGAGUGUGUUGUCCAGAAGCCGCUCCUGCCCUCUAGAGCAAGGGCAGGGCCUGUUCCCUGUGGUUUCACACUGUCUCUGCUCUUUUGUUGUAUUGUCUGUCUUGAGGGUUUUUUUUUUUGAGAACUUUCCUGUACAUUUUGUAUGAUACAUCUUUGUAUAGACUUUUUGAAGACUUUGAUUCUAGUUGCCAGUUCGGCUCAUUUCCAAAAGAAAUACAUCCAGAAAUGAUCUUA